GCUGUAAUAUGACAAGUUGACAAGAAAAUGAAUUUUCUAACCUAUAUCCCAAAUGCCAAAUUUGUGGCCAAAUGUAAUUAUUUGAAUUUCUUGUUUACAUUAUUAUUAUUCAAAAACAUUUAAAUUUCAAAAUAUGUCUAAAAAAACAAUUAAACGUGAAAGAAAGAGUCUCAUCUAUCAUUACGAUACAGAAAUAGCCUCUGCAUUCAAAGUGGACUGUGAAGAAUUUCUCGAUGAGUUUGAAUCACUACAAUCCUUCAAUUAUUCUGAUUUUGUGGAGAUCUGGCAGCAUAAGAAUUUUUCAUAUAUUUUUGCGGGUCAAAACUACGCACUUCUCCUGAAGGAAUUUUGUGAAAACUGCUUUUACAGUGUUAAGAAGUUCAUAAUGUUUCCCCGGACCCUAUAUUCUCAAAUUGGAGCUUUUUAUCUACUGUAUGGAUUGUAUUAUAAACAACCUGUGAGGGAUUGGGUGAAAAUAAGGCUAACACUAGACGAAUACGAGAGAAUCGUUGAACUCAUUCAAGAAAUGAGCAAUAGAGAUCAGUUAGACGCUGUAUAUAUCUUUGCUAAAAUGAAAGCUGAAAAUGUAUUUACGUACGUAGCUCAGAGAAGACAAUUGGGACCUGAAGAUAGAUUCGUGAAAUGUAUUCAACUGUACUACAAUGAUACAUUCACAUCUUCCAAAACUCAAAGCUCCAUAGUGAAAUUUGAUGAAAUCUGUACUUCUUCAGAACUCGUUAGACAAUUGCAAAGUACGAACGCUGAGUAUCAGGAAAUGCUGAAAAAAUAUUCUGAUGUAUAUCCCGGCAUCUCUACCUUUACGUCUACAAUUAUCGAUGAUUUGGAAGCAGCUCGCAGAAAAUUCAAUUGCGGCGAUCCCACUCCUGAGGACGUCAGCAACAAAGAGUCCGUCCGUGAAACGAGGCAAUCGAUUAGAGAGAAGGCUAUGAAGAAUCAGCAUGCCGUGUACAGGGGCUCGAGAGAAGUGGUGACAGCCGUUGAUGAUCAUGCUAUGGAGUUUUCAGACAUCAGUGAUAGCGAUUGAGAUAUGCUAUAGGGUUUGAGUGCUCUUCGAGAACUGGUAUAUCUCUUCGAUUCUUCAGAUUAGAUGAAAGCGCCUUGGUGGUGGAAGGCAAUAUUCAAGAUCACUGUAAGCAUGU